AGAUAGAGAGAGAGAGCGAUAGAGAGAGAGAAAUACACACAACUACGAGAGAUAAAACCUGAAGCUAGAGAGAUCAGAGAUCAGAGAUCGAAGAAGAGACAGAAAACGAAAGUUACACCUGCUCAUCUAAAACAUGUCUGAACAGACACAGAUUUCUGAUUUCAGUGAAAGGGAUGAAAAACCAGAGAGCAUGAAGGAAAACUUCAUCCCUCCUGAGUUAUCCACAAACCUAGCUGAGAUAAUUGAAGAGCUGAUGAACUGUGAGGAUCUGUUCCAGGACAAAGACCUCACCUCCCGUCCCAGUUCUACUCUCAAAGACAAGAAGAGCUUAUACUCUCUGUCUCAGAGUUUCCUGGAUGAGGACCGCGUGUCCAUAGCCACCUCUGUGUGGUCAUCUCCUGCCUCAGACAUCUCUGAGAGGAUCUCACAUGACGUCCAAUCAGAGGAGAGCAGGAGAGCGUCCUCCACCGGCAUCAAGAAGAUGUCUGAUUCCAGUAAAACUGAAGAAGAGGCAGACGAUCUGAUGAAGUGUGAUGACCUCUUGGAAGAUGAAGCCGCGGACUUGCGUCUUAAUUUGUCUUCCAUAAAUGAGGAGCGCUCUCACACUCUGUCUUGGGGUUCCCUCAGCUGGGACAGCAGGACCAUGGUGAGAGAUUUAUAUUCAAGACCCUCGGAUGAUGAACAUCCAUCACAACAGGAGGAAGCAGAGGCAGGAGAGGUCAAACAAACAGAACAAAGUGAGCCUGCUCCUGCCAGCUCCAAGACCACCAUCUCCACCAGGGGGAAGUUCUUCAGAUGGAUGAAGAAGAAUAAAAUCCACCCCGAUGAAGUUGAUGUCAGCACUGGACAGACCUCUAUUGAAGAGGUGCCAAGAAAAGUCAGUGCUGAGACAAAGACAAAGAAGGGCAAUGGUUUCAGAAGAUUCUUCAGAAGCAUCUUCUCAAAGAACGAGAAGAAGCUGAAGCAGGAUAAGAUGGAGAAUGGGCAGAAAAAGGCAGCCAUCAAAGUUCCUGUUAAGGAACAAGAAGUCCAUCAAGAGGAGACAGAGGAUGAGGUCCAAUCUUCAAACUUUGGCAGAUCAAGUCCCUCUAUACUUCAGGAAGAUAAAAUCCCCUCACCUCAGAGCCAAACAACGGCUGGAUCUGUGAUCCAGAUGGAGGUCAGAACUUUUUCUCCAAGACCGUCAUAUGAUGAAGAUUCAUCACCCCAGGAGGAAGCAGAGGCAGGAGAGGUCAAACAACCAGAACAAAGGGACUCAGUGACCCCUGCCAGCUCCAAGACCACUAUCUCCGCCAGGGGGAGGCUCUUCAGAUUGAAGACGGACAAAAUCCACCCCGUUGAGGCUGAUGUGAGCACUGGACAGAACAUGAAGAACUCAGACUGUCCUCCAGAGACUUGCUCCUCUAUCGAAGAGGACAUAGGAGAAGUCAGUGCUGAGACAAAGAUGAAGCAGGGCAAUGGAUUCAUAGGAUUCUUCAGACGCAUCUUCUCAAAGAAAAAGAAGAAGCUGAAGCAAGAUGAGAUGGAGAAUGGGCAGAAAAAGACGCAUGCAGAACAACAUGUCACGCUGUCUUCAUUCAGCUGGUGUGGAGCAGUGAGCUGAAUCCCAUGAACCCACCCAUAACCCCCCCCUCUUCCAUUUCACUCCCUCCUCCGCAACUCUCCUUUUUCCAGUCAUCCCGACCCUCCAU